UGAUUUUUCUACCGAAUGAUGAGGUGUGCUCCGAUGCUGUGACUACUUCAAAGCAUCUCAAUGUCACCAGGUGCUGAAGAUGCAUCUGGAACGAGAGAGAGAACUAUGUGCUGUGACCUUCUCCUCCUCUUCCUCCUCUUCGUCAGUUGACAUGGAGAAUGAAGACGGGACGUGUCUACUUGAUGUUUUGUGUGAUCCCCAAGCCUUAAAUAACUUCCUUCAUGGAACCAAUGAGCUGCAGAAUGAUGACCUGCUCAUUACCUGUUCCUCUGGAGAGCCUUCCUCCCUCUUCACUGACACCCCGAGCCCAAUGUCUCUGUUGGCAGAUGACAUCACCACCUCGCAGGACACACCCCCUGCAGAAUGCGUUGACCUGUCCUUCCUGGAAGAGGCUCUACUGGGGGGGUCCCCCGAGGGAGRGGGGGAGAGAAGAGGGGAGGGAGAGGAAGAGCAGGAGGAAGAGGAAGUACCACCCUGUGACAUUCUCCAGCAGAGUCUUCAGGAGGCUGACAUCACAGAGCACACUAUGGCACAGGAGGCGGGGCUCGUCCAACCAGGGUCUGGGGAGGGCCACACCCUGUCUCUCUACACACCUGGCCCCCCACUCCUCCUCCCUCCUGCUGCCGUGCCGUUCCUCUCCAAAACCCUAGCCUUCCCUCACCCCCACCCUGGCCCCCCCACCCUGCAACACAGGGACACCCAGGCUGCGGUGGAGCCUCCCCAACCAUCCCUGCUGGCCGUGGGACCAGGCUGCCCCUCCCUGAAGCCUGCUGCUCCCCAGCUGAUGGGCCUCCUCCCUGGGAACAUAACUGAGAGAGUAUUACUAAACGGGACACCCAGGCUGCGGUGGAGCCUCCCCAACCAUCCCUGCUGGCCGUGGGACCAGGCUGCCCCUCCCUGA